AUGGAUAAAACAUAUAAUCAAAUAGAUACAAAAAAUAAUAAUUAUAUACAUGGAUGGGAAAUAUAUAAAAAAAUAUUAAUAUUACUUGCAAUAAUAAUCAUCUCAUGGAAUUUGUUGUAUUAUUUAUCAUUCUAUAAUUAUGAUAAUAUUAAUAAUAUUGAAGAUUCCUCCUCACAAAUAAAACAAACAUCAUCAUCAACAAUAUUACAGGAUUGUAACAAUAACUGUAAAUUCUUAUUUCCAUAUUUCAUAGUAGAACAAGAGAGCAAAUUCAAUUUACACAUAAGAACAUUUGUUCAAUUGGCUGAAGCUUUAGACCGUAUCUUAGUAAUACCAAAUGUUGGCUUAUCAAGAGCCAGAGCAUGUUUACCAUUUCCAGCAACAUAUUAUUAUAAUUUAAACUCAUUGCAAGAAAUGUUUCCAAAUGCAAAAUUCAUCAUUCAAAAAGAAUAUGAAUUAUGGCUUGAAAAUCAAUCAGAUUAUAAAAACAUUAUUAGUGAUCACAUUUCAUUUACAGUUCUUCCAAACCUUGAUGAGGGUGGUUAUGAAGAACUACAACAACAAAGUCAACAAAAUAAAUUUUAUAGAAGUUAUACAAUUGCAAAAAAUUCUUCUAGUCCUUAUUAUAGAAAUCAGAUUGACAUUAUGAACUCUAAUUGUCAAUAUGAUCUCAAAAUAAAUAUAACAAAAUUUAAAGAAAUACGUAUUAGAAGAGGUAGAUUUCUAAUUCGUUCAGAUGAAGAACGUAAAAAAUUUUCUGAAUUCUUGAUUGAAGCUUUGAAAUCAGAUUCACAAAUACUAUUUAUUUUUUCUACACUGAAACAACCAG